AUGACGAUGAUUCCUUACCUCGUGCUCACCUUCAGCACGUAUGUUGCGGCACAGGCAACCUCAUGUGAGUUCAGGAGUGAAUGAGGAUCUCGAGGCACUUCGCGGCUAUUCGCGGCGCGUCGCACGCCGACCGAACGGAUCUCGACGAGCUCGUGUGGGAGUGUGCACCCACCUCUUCUCAUGUGCGAGAUCGCGCCCACCUCCUCUCGUGUGGGAAAUCGUACUCGCCUUUUCUCUGGUGCGAGAAGAAGCUGGGAUCAGCUCAAGCCAGUUUUCUGCCUUACCUUCAAUCUUCAGAUGCCCCCCGUCUCGUCUCAUGCCCGUCCACGCCUCUACUGAACCGCACCGGUUCUCCGCUCUCAAAUAACCAAACGCUCGAGCCGCGAGAGGCGGCUUACAUGAGCACGAGGAACAAUGUGCUGCGUGGGACAUGGUCCAGCUACCUCGGGAAUGGCAAUGAUACUGGUUACAACACUUCGGCCAUAAUCAAUGCCGUGCCGCAGAUGUGAGUUUCAUGAAACCUCCUUGGACCUUGGCGCUUGCGCUCCACAUCCGCCGUCGAUCUACGGCCUCGAUCGACCUCGGCCGCGGGUGGGGGCAGAGUCACGAGCGCGAUCGCUGACACACACACACCCCGGAAAAAAAUCGACUUGCCCCACUUUGAUAGCUCCCUCGCAUGCUCUGGUGGUGGACUUCGUGCAAGCCAGUACUGUGUCGGCACCCUCGCUGGUCUCGAUGCUCGGAACACGACCAACGCCGGACCUCUUCUGCAGCUCUCCUCGUACCUCAGUGGUCUCUCGGGAGGAUCAUGGGCCGUCUCUUCCGUUGCUCUGAACGACUUGGGACCGACCGAUCUCUAUAGCAUGGUCCUGGGUCUCAACGGAGCGCCGGGGUGGAAACUCGAUCUCGACAUUCUUGCACCUGGAGGCUUGCUCGGCAUCAGUGAGAACAAGGACUACUAUAACGUCAUCCUCGACGACGUUCGUGCCAAGGCGAAUGCGGGCUUCCCCGUCUCUCUCGUGGACAUUUGGGGUUCGUACAUGAUCGAAGAGCAACAAUCUAAGCAUGCACUAACUUUUGAUGUUUCUCACCGCUACAGGCCGAGCGCUUUCCCUCCACUUCUUCAAUGGUCAGGGAAUUUGCAAGAUGUCUGGUCACACCAAGCUAAACUCCUAUUGGUCAUACAGGAACAACGCGCAACUCGUUUUUCAACACCUCUGCCCUCAACGACCAGGGCCUACUGUUCCAAUCCAUCAAGUUGACGACUAACUUCCAGAAUGGCGCGAUGCCGUAUCCCAUCGUAGUGGCCACCUCGCGUGUUUCGGAGGAACAGCAGACCUCGGGCAAAUCGUCGACGGUCAUCUCUUUGAGCAAUACUCAAUUCGAGCUCUCGCCGUACUCGUUCGGAUCCUUUGAUCCGACCUUGUCGGCGCGUGUCCCGAUGGAGUACUUUGGCACCUUCUUGAACAACAGCUUGCCCAUCAACAGUUCGGCCUGUGUCAACGAUUACGACAAUGCUGGGUUCGUGAUCGGUACCUCGGCCGCCCUUUUCAACGCGAUCCAGAACGAGUUCUCGUCUUCGACGUUCACGUCCCUCAUUUCGACGUUGAUCAAUGAUCUCGCUGAUAUCCAGCCGACCAACUUCUCGGUGCCUCUCGUCUCCAACGUGCCCAAUUCGUUCUUCGGCUUCACCCCCUCCACGACUACGUUCGAGUCGGCCACCAAUGGCAUCCUGCAACUCACCGACGGUGGAGAGAACGUGAGCUUGUGCCUCGAAAAGAGUAACUAUCUAUGACCAGAAUGACUGAUCAAUUGAUGGUACUACAGGGUGAAAACGUGCCCCUCUAUCCCUUGCUGGUCAAGGCUCGUGCCGUUGAUGUCAUUGUUGCGAUCGAUUCGAGUGCCGACACGACCUACGGCUGGCCCAACGGCACCUCGCUUCUUGCCACGGCGGAGCGCGUAAAGCAGUACGGCGAGAACUACACUUCGUUCCCCUCAAUUCCAGGAGGCGCCAUGGAUUUCGUCCAGCAAGGACUGAACCUCCGCCCGACAUUCUUUGGAUGCGAUGUCGCGAGCGGCAACGUCACGGGCCAAGGAGAAUACCCCAUCCUCAGUACGUUGAAGGGAUGUUCCAAAUUUACGCUGGACUCUAUGCAGCUAGUAAGCUUGUGACUGAUGGGCCAUACAAUCAAAACACACAGUCUACCUCCCCAACUCGCCCGUCCCGAACAGCACGCAAGGUUACACGGGCUACCAGACCAACGCAUCGACCCUCACUUUGAAUUACGACCUAAAAGACACUGUCAACUUCCUCGAUGCGAGCAAGUCGAACGCGCUCAAGGGCUUCCAAAACGUCACCGCUGGUCAGACCGUGGAUCCCACCUGGCCCCUGGCCCUCAAGUGCGCGACGAUCGACCGAGCUCGUCAACGGGCUGGCUUGCCUCGAUCGUCUGCUUGCUCGGCUCAGUUCGAGCGAUGUAAGUCACUCAACGAGUGUUUGGUGCUACUUAACGCCUGGUAUAACGCCUGAUGGAUGUUUCUGUUCAUACUCGCUCUCAGACUGCUGGAACAGCACGAUUGCGCCCUCGCUCGCCAACCUGACGAACUCAACCGGAGGCGGAGUACCGGCAACGACCGAAUCAACUACCAACACCACUGGAUCGUCAGGAACGAAUGGUGGUGGAAAGGCCUCUACUGCGACGCAGAUCACACCUGCACAAAGCUCGAUGAUCGUGCUCGUCAUUUGUGGCCUCGCCGGCUUUGCGAUCAUCGCUUGA